AUGCGUGUGCCUCGGUUAGCCUCAUGUUUUGGAGGCACAUCGCGGUUUUUUUCCUCAAUCACUCAUAAAACACAUUACGAUGUUGUCGUUGUUGGCGGAGGAAUGGUCGGCUUUGGUUUCGCUGCCUUUGCGGGUAAGUAUUCUGUAUGUUAUAUCUCAGCAGCGUUACACCCGAUGCUAAGAAAUAGAAGGAUUUUGCUUAUCGAGGAAAACUCUAGAAAAGAAUAUGUCAAAGGUCCCGAGCAUAAUGUUCGUGUCGUGGCUUUAACACCCAUGAGUCGCAGCCUAAUCGAAGGUGUAGGAGCAUGGGAUGUUAUCAUGAAUACGCGCUGUCGGGCUAUCUCGAAAAUGAAGGUACUUGAAAACGGCACGUCUGCUAGUCUUCUACUCAAACGAUCAAAUCCAAACGAUGUUUUGGGAUACAUAGUCGAAAAUGACCUUAUUCUCUCGUCUUUAGCUGAGUCGGUUGCGAGAGCCGCAGCUGAAUCUGGUACAAAAGCUCGUCCUGGAUGCAUUGACAUGAUGCAUAAUGUGGUGAUUGAAAACCUCCGAUUCCCAAAAUCAUUUUCUCAAUCUGAUCUCCCUGAGUUAUCGAUCAGGCAACGGGAUUCGGACAAACGAACUUCGGUCAAGACACAUUUACUGGUCGGCGCUGAUGGGUUCAAUUCAAGCGUUCGGAAAGCUUCCGGAAUCCACACAAUUGGCUGGAAACAUGAUCAAUCUGCAAUCGUUGCAAAUCUUAAUCUGGGUCCUGAAUAUGACUAUACAACUGCGUGGCAGCGCUUCCUCGAGACAGGUCCAAUAGCAUUCUUACCGUUACAACCUUGUCAUCGCCCGUCAGGAAUUGUGUCGGGGCUUACCAAGGCUCUUCGAAUGGCCAUCUCACGUAAAAACGAGUCUUUCAUGCCACCAACUAUUCUCAGUGUUCAGCCCGGAACCCGCACCAAAUUUCCGCUAAGUUUCAGCCACUGCACAUUCUACCAUGGUCCUCGUGUUGCUCUCAUUGGUGAUGCAGCCCACCGAAUUUUGCCCCUUUCCGGCCAGGGUGUGAACAUGGGCUUGGGCGACGCUUCUUGUCUUGCCCACACCAUCGAUCGGGCGCUCUUCGAGGGCUGUGAUAUUGCGGAUCCCAGACACCUUGCACGUUUUACUUCCGAACGCCAGCGCUCAGUCGCUCCAAUGGGCUUCUUUAUUGAAGGCAUUCAAGCGCUAUACACUCCUGACGAAGUGUUUGGUGGGCCCCUGACUAUGCAUGGACCCGUCACUUCAAGUCGUGCCUUGAUUCGUCGCUUGUCUGCUAAGUGCGGCGUCUCGGACGCUCUACUUAGCAUCCGGGGCCUGGGCCUUGACUUUGUCGACGCUUGCAGCCCAGUCAAGUCAAAUGAAAACCAAUUCUACUCUUCCAUCUUGCACGACAAGACGGCAAUCGGAGUUGUUACAGCUGGUAUUCAGCGAAUGGCUAGAUAUGCAACGUUGCGCAGGUAUGGCCAUAAUAGACAAUUCUGGCAGCGAUGUGACCGCUCAACAAUGCGUAAAUGA